AUGUCUGACGCCGGAUCCCCCUCUGCCAACGACGAGGUCAAGCCCAAGGCCGACGAGAACACCCUCAACAUUAAGAUUCGCGCGACUGAUGGCUCCGAGGUCUUCUUCAAGAUCAAGAAGACCACCAAGCUCAACAAGCUCAAGAACGCGUACGCCGGCCGUGUCGGCCAGGACCCCUCGGCGAUUCGGUAUGUGAAACCUGAACAUUGGGACGGGCGCGACGCGUCCGGCGAUGGCGCCGGACCCCACCCCACAGACGCCGUGCCAGCGCCUCUCCUCUUCGACGGCCAGCGCAUCGUCGACAACCAAACAGCCGAGGACCUCGAGAUGGAGGACGGCGACGUCAUUGAGGUUCUUCUGGAGCAGGUCGGCGGCUUCUUCUAG